UUUUGUCUUUUUGCUAUUUCUUGAGCUGCUCCUGCAGCAUGUGGAGGUUCCCAGGCUAGGGGUCGAAUCGGAGCUGUAGCCACCGGCCUACGCCAGAGCCACAGCAACGCGGGAUCCGAGCUGCGUCUGCAACCUACACCACAGCUCACGGCAACGCCGGAUCGUCAACCCACUGAGCAAGGGCAGGGACCGAACCCGCAACCUCAUGGUUCCUAGUCGGACUCGUUAACCACUGUGCUACAACGGAAACUCCAAGGUGUAAAUAUUUUAGAAUUCUUCUUUUCAAUUCCCUUCCUCCUAGGCCCUUGGCACCAGUGGCUUUUUUUGUUUCUGUUUUGCCAUUUUUGUUCACCUUUUAGUCUUGUUUUUAAACUAGGAAUUGCUUCUAAAUCCGAGAAGAUGAAAAGAGCAUUGAAAAUACUACAAAAUUCAUGUGAGGCAGGAUCAUUUGACUUAAUUUAACAUUACUGAACAUCAACCAUAUGAGAGAUGUUAGAAAUACAGUGAUGAGUGAGACGUGGACCUUGACUCAAGGAGCUCACAAGGAUUUGGUUGGGACAACUGUCAUCUAAACUAUUACACAGCGUGGACACUACAGCAACAGAAAUUUGUGCAAGAUUCAGAGGAGAACGCAGUUAAGAGAUGGGCGAUGGGCGCAGCGAAUGGGGGCGACGUUAAGGUGCUUGAAAGGCUUCAAGAGGAAGUCCGCCUGGCUGGGAGUUUUUGAAGUUUAAAUAGGAAUUCUGUGUGUGUAGGGGGAUGGGGGGUGGGGGGUAUCACUAGAGGGAACCGCCUGUACAAAUGCAAGGGGCCUAUGAAACAGCUUGGUUUGUUCAGAGAACGGUGAAUCAUUUGCUAUUGUAUCAUGGGUUAGGAGAAGAUAAAAGCAAAGAUUAUGAAGGGCCACGGAGGCUAAGAGACGAAAUUCGCAUACUUGGGGCGGGUGGGCGAGUGGGGUAAAUACACACAGGCUGGGGUUGCGUUCACCAAGUCAUUGUGUCAUGGGCAGCCGCUGUGCAAGGUCCUGGGGUUGCAGCAGUGAACCCGGGAUCCCUGCUCUCGCCGAGCUCACGUUCUAAUGGGGGAGUCAGUCAACAUACAGGGAGAGGGGUCAGUGAGAACGCGGAGCAGAGGCACGGACAGCCAGUGGCCCAGGGCUGGUGGUCAGGAUUCCUGCGAGACGGCGGCCGAGGUCGCCACGCACACGUUUGCUGCUGAGGAUUUGAGUCUGAGUAUGUCGACCUUGUUUCUUCGUUGGUGACAAUGGAACAUGGGGUCCUGCCACUAUAGCGCACUUCUCUCUUUUAAAAACCGCACUUCUUUGGGGAGUGGAGAGUGAAGGAAGCCGAAUCUGGAUCGAUCAAGGAACCCCGAGCUUAAAAAAAAAGCGGCGAUAGGGCGACUGGGCUUGCAGUCACCGGACGGCGUGGCUCCAGUUGCAUGGAGGACCCAGUUAACCCUGCUCUCAGCAUCCUCCCCGCCGAGAAACAAGCCCCACGUGCACUCGCUCUCGCAGCUCUGGACCGAGAAAUGACCACCUGAGCUCCCGCUCGCAGCCUCCGGAUCGGGCGGAAGGGAACGCCCCUUGCUUUCCUUAGGCCACGCCCUUCCCCGCCCUGCGCUUGCGCCUCCCGGUAGCUCAAUGAAGCCUCCGAACCUGCAGAGGGCGGCAGAACCCCGUCGCCUGCUCUUUACGUCACGCUCUGCUGGCGGCUGCUUCCGGGUCAGAGGGUAGCAGUUUCGGCGCAGCUUGGGUCAUGGUGCAGCUCCGGCCGCGCGCGUCUCGCGCCCCGGCCUCGGCGUCCGCGAUGGUGGACGAGGGUCCGCCCGCCUCGGAGGAGGAGGCGGAGCACGGCCUGCUGCUUGGGCAGCCCAGCAGCGGCUCGGCCGCCGAGCCGCUGGAAGAAGACGAAGAGGAUGAUGAGCUUGACGACGAGGCCCCGGAGGAGCUCACUUUCGCCAGCGCCCAGGCGGAAGCAAAAGAAGAAGAGCGGCGAGUUCGGGAGACUGUGCGCAGGGAUAAGACGCUUCUGAAGGAGAAGAGGAAGCGACGCGAGGAGCUGUUCAUCGAACAAAAGAAAAGAAAACUUCUUCCAGAUACUAUCCUAGACAAGUUAACUGCAGCGUCACAGACUGAUCUGAAGAAAUCACCGGUAAAGUUGAAAGAAGUUAAGUUGCAAAAGAAAAAUGAAGAAUGUGAGCAAGGAAGUGACUCCAAGAAAGCUAAAGUGCGAAAAGUACAGACUGUUGGCCAGAAUAAAAGCUACUUGGCUCUAAGGCUAAAAGACCAAGAUUUGAGAGACUCAAGGCAGCAAGCAGCCAAAGCCUUCAUACAAAAUUGCUUAUAUGGUCCCGGAACCAACAGAACUACUGUAAACAAGUUCCUGUCUCUUGACAAUAAGAGGUUACCAGUGAAAAAGGCUGCAGCCCAGUUUUUGAAUCAUGCUUGGGGAUCCCAGAAAAAGCAAAAUGCCAAGAGAUUUAAAAGGCGUUGGAUGGUCAGAAAGAUGAAAACCUCUAAGAAGUAACACGUCAAAGCUAAAUGAAGAAUGAGUACUUUGUAUGUAUAGAACUUAUUUAGAGGAUUUAACUUUUCUGAAAAAAUUAAUCAUUUUAAAGGGUCAUUAUAAAAAUCCUAAAUCUGUUUGGGGAUGUUUCAUCCUCCUGGAGUAUAAUUAUGCCUUGUAGGGUUUUUUUUGAGUCCUGGAAGAAAAAGCAUUUUCAAAGGACUUCUUUCAUUUAUCACUGUUUACCCGUAAUACCCACACCACAGGGGCACCUCUGCUGCCCCUCCCUCCAGCCUGCAGCACGUGCAGCAGGUAAAGCUCCACUGCUGCUCUCGGAUGCUUUAGUCCGUGGGAUGUGUUGCUGCUGUUGACAAGAAUCUCACAGACUGUGUGGAAGUGUGCAGUAUCCUAGCACAGCUAAAAAUUCCAUUCUUUGUAAAGAAAGUUUAAGCCUCAGUGUACAAAACACAGCCAAUAAACACCUUUGCCAAACCAAAGGAUAUGGUUAUUCUACUGAA